AUGAGUGCUCGGGAGCGCAGUCUACUUUUUAAUUCACUAGCCAGGUAUGCUCCCAAUAUUGUAGCUGAGAUGGAGGAUCGAGAUGGGCAGGGUUCUCAGACACCAGCCGAUCGUGGUAGACUCAGAGGUGGAGCUUCCAGUUCGAGCGGUCCUCAAAACCGCAUUUCUACAUUGGCUGGUCGACAGGAUCUUGAGUCAUCACCUGAUGUUGACACAGGUUCUACAGUGGCAUAUGUUACUCUUUUUAUUACUGAUAAGUUUGGGGUGGAACCCGAGUCGAUUAGACCUUUUGAGGUGUCUACAGCAGUUGCUGAUUUCGUGAUAGCUAAACGAGUAUACAUAGAUAGAUCUGAGGUCAGUUACCAUCAAGUUAGGGUCAAAGAGAAAGACAUUCUGAAGACAGCUUUCAGGACCAAAUAUGGUCACUUUGAGUUUAGUGUGAUGUCAUUCAACUUGACUAAUGCCCCAACAGUAUUUAUGGAUUUGAUGAACCAUGCAUUUAGACCUUUAUUGGAUCAGUUCAUGAUUGUAUUCAUUGAUGAUAUCCUAGUCUACACUCGAUCAGAGGUGGAACAUGCAGAACAGUUGUGUGCAGUACUCAGGGUCCUUUAA